GAUGACUGUAUUCAUCCCAUUGUUUUCAUUCCACGAGAACAUCGAAUUCCGUUGUGAUUAGAAUUUUUUAUCGAUUGGGGAGAGAUAAUACGAGAAUACUUCUGCAGAUUCGCGGAAUUAGUAACACGAAUUUUGACUUAUUGGCAUUUGAUAUCGCGAGUGGAGAUUAAUCUCACAGAAAUGGGGACAAGAGGUCUUAGAAAUGUACCUGCAAAGCAUUACAAUGGGGUUGCCAAGUGCGUUGCUGAGAUGAAGAAGCACAUUGAUGGUCCUGCUGGCAGUCAUCAAUGGACUUUGAAUGACUUCGAAUUCGGUAGUCCCCUGGGCAAUGGUCAGUUUGGCCGAGUUUAUCUCGCAAGAGAGAAGAAGACUCACUACAUGGUAGCCCUGAAAACUAUGAGCAAGAAGCAGUUGAGACAGGCUCGUAACGAGAAGCAAGUCCUACGUGAGAUUGAAAUCCAGUCGCGCCUGGUCCACCCCAACAUUCUACGACUGUUCACGUAUUUUCAUGAUGAGAGGCAUAUUUUCCUGGUUCUUGAGUACGCUGCCAAGGGGGAGCUUUACAGAGAACUGAAGACACAGCCUGGGGGGAGAUUCAAUAAUCACUUUGCUGCUAAAUACACGUACCAAGUUGCUGAUGCUCUUGACUUUUGCCACAAGCAUGAUGUCAUUCACAGGGACAUAAAACCUGAGAAUUUACUGCUCGAUUGGAAUGGAAACGUCAAACUUGCAGACUUUGGAUGGUCUGUGCAUACUCCAUCAUUGAUGCGACACACGAUGUGUGGAACAGUAGACUAUCUCCCACCAGAAAUGAUCCAGGGAAAAGCCUACGGUAUUUUCGUCGACCAUUGGUGCCUGGGGAUUUUGUGCUACGAGUUCUUGGUGGGAGAGCCACCAUUCCUCAGUGCCUCUAAGGAUGAAACCUUCGCCAAAAUCAAGUCUCUCCAGAUUCCCUGGUCACGUCACAUUUCAUCAGGGGCCAAGGAUCUCAUUUCAAAGUUGGUCCAGAAGAAAGCCUAUGAUAGAAUCCCACUGGCAGAUGUGAAGCAGCACUUCUGGAUUCUCAAGCACAAAGAUACACGAUAAAUCUAAAAAAAACAGUAGUUCCCGCAUUUUUGUAAGUCUUUUUUUAUUAAACUGUUAA